GGGGGCGUGUCAUUCCGUUUGUUUUGAAGUCUGUUGUCUGGAAACAGCGAAUGAGAGCGCAGGAUGAGAGCGGCGUGUGGAGGAGCCCGGGCGGCGGGUGAGAGCUGCUGACUGGUGGAGGGUCGGUCUGCGGGGUGUAGAUCAGUUCCUUGGAUCCCUCCAGUGUCGUCUCUGCACCCUUGUGUCAGUAGCUGAGGACUGAGCGGUGCACCCCCCAAACCUAGAGACCUAUUCAUCCCUGUGAUGCUGUUCUGUUUCUCAACACAUGAACAUGGCGACUUCUGGGAUGACAAAGACAUCGUGGAAGCUGCAGGAAAUAGUGGCUCACGCCAGCAAUGUGUCGGCACUCGCCCUUGGGAAAAGCUCCGGGCGUCUCGUGGCCACCGGUGGAGAAGACUGCCGUGUCAAUAUCUGGUCUGUCAACAAACCAAACUGCAUCAUGAGUUUGACUGGACACACGUCCCCGGUGGAGAGCGUCCGAUUCAGCACAUCCGAGAAACUCAUUGUGGCCGGAUCUCAGUCAGGUUCUCUGCGCGUGUGGAACAUGGAAGAAGCUAAAAUACAGAGGACGCUGAUGGGACACAAGGCCAACGUGUGCAGUCUGGAUUUCCACCCGUAUGGAGAGUUUGUGGCUUCGGGAUCUCUGGACACGAACAUUAAGCUCUGGGACAUACGCAGGAAGGGGUGUGUGUUUCGUUACAAGGGGCACACACAAGCCGUACGCUGCCUACGCUUCAGUCCAGACGGCAAGUGGCUGGCGUCGUCUUCAGAUGACCACACUGUAAAGCUCUGGGAUCUGAGUGCUGGGAAGUUGAUGGCGGAGUUCGUAGAGCACACAGGACCCGUGCAGAUUGUGGAAUUUCACCCCAAUGAAUAUUUGCUGGCUUCAGCGAGUGGAGACCGGACAGUUCGUUUCUGGGAUCUGGAGAAGUUCCAGUCGGUGGGCUGCAUGGAGGGAGAAGCCACUCCAUUCAGGUCCAUCCUGUUCAGCAGUGACGGUGGCUGUCUGUUCUGCGGAGGCCGGGAAGCUCUGCGUGUUUAUGGCUGGGAACCAGAGCGCUGCUUUGAUACUGUCCCUGUGGCUUGGGGCAAGGUCUCUGAUCUGUCCAUCUGCAGCAACCAGCUGAUCGGGGUCUCCUGCUCACAGUCCAAUGUCUCGUCUUUUGUGGUUGACCUAAAUCGUGUGAAAAUGACUGGAUCGGGGACAGUGGGGGCACUUCCGAAAGAAUCACCGGUCACUCAGCCUGCUCCAACAGGCUCGUCCUUGAGACGUAACUACGAGCGUCCGUCUACCACCUGCACAAAGCCAAAGAGGGUCAGCCCAACCAGUGAUGAUGAGGAGAAGGAGUCCAGAGCCGAGAUCCAAAACGCAGAGGAUUACAAAGAGCUCUUUCAGCCUAAGAACGCCAUCUCUCGGACUCCCCCACGGAACAGCGAGCCUUUCCCAGCCCCCCCAGAGGAUGAUGCCACCACGGUGAGAGAAGCCGUGCCCGCAGCCCCAGAGGCCGCCACGCCUGCUCCCCCCACCAAGAAGAAUUGUGAACAGCUCCACAGGCUGCCCGUUGCAGCUUCUACACCCACUGUGUGCCCGGACCCUCCAGUUACUCCAGCCGUGUCCAGUAGCCCCCCGGUUAUAUCUGCAGCACGAAAUGAACCCAUUGGGCUUAAGGUUGCAGACUUUCUCCCAGUAGUGAAGGGCUCGCCCCCAGCAGAGAUUGUGGAUGACGACGCUGUAUGUCAGAUUCGGAAAGGCCACGACACUAUGUGCAUGGUACUGACCAGCAGAAUGAGGAACCUGGAUACUGUGAGGGCGGUGUGGAGCACGGGGGACGUCAAGACCUCCAUGGACUCCGCUGUGGCUGUGAAUGAUCUCUCGGUGGUUGUGGAUCUCCUAAACAUCAUCAACCAGAAAGCGUCUCUCUGGAAGCUGGAUCUCUGCCUGACCGUGCUGCCUCAAAUCGACAAACUGCUGCAGAGCAAGUAUGAGAGCUACAUGCAGACGGGAUGCGUCUCCCUCAAGCUUCUCCUCCAGAGGUUCUUGCCGCUGAUCACGGACACGCUCUCAGCCCCCCCCUCUGUGGGUGUGGACAUUUCACGGGAGGAAAGGCUGAUGAAGUGUAAGCUCUGCUACAAGCAGCUGAAGAGCCUCCACACGCUGGUAAAGAGCAGAGCGCCGCAGAGUGGACGAUACGGCAGCGCCUUCCUGGAGCUCCAGCUUCUCAUGUCUGGCCUGGAAUGAUCCUGC